UGACCCUCCCCAGCUGCCGACGUGGGGCCGAAACUGCAGGCGGUUGGCGCCCUGGGCUGCGGGCGGCGGGGAUGGGGGCCCUGCGGCUGCUGGCGGUGGCCCUCACCUGCUGCUGGUGGCCGCCGGGCAGCCAGGGGAAGACGCUGUGGGGCAGCUUCAGCAGCGCUGCAGCCCGCGAUGCGCAGGGCCAGAACGUCGGCCACUUCGAGUUCCACGGGGACCAUGCUCUGCUGUGUGUCAGAAUCAGUAACGUAGGCAUAGCUGUUGAAAAAGAAGCAAAACUCUACCUGUUCCAAGCCCAGGAAUGGCUCAAGCUACAGGAAAACACUCAUGAUUACAGUUGUAGCGAAAGAUUAUCCAAAGCUCAAUUGACAAUGACCAUGAAUCAGACUGAACAUAACCUGACGGUGUCCCAGAUUCCACAUCCACACGUGUGGCAUGUCUUUUAUGCAGACAAGUAUACGUGCAAAGAUGACAGUGAAAAUCUGCAGGUGGAAGAUAUCCCAUUUGAAAUUAUCUUAUUAAACCCAGAUGCUGAAGGGAAUCCAUUCGACCAUUUUAGUGCUGGAGAAUCAGGGUUACAUGAGUUCUUUUUCCUUCUAGUCCUAGUGUACUUUGUGAUUGCUUGCAUAUAUGCUCAAUCACUGUGGCAGGCUAUUAAGAAAGGAGGACCCAUGCACAUGAUUUUAAAGGUUCUGACAACUGCAUUGCUGUUACAGGCUGCUUCAGCUUUAACUAAUUACAUACAUUUCUCCAGCUACGCCAAAAAUGGUAUAGGUGUUCCUGUGAUGGGAAGUCUGGCAGAGUUUUUUGACAUCGCUUCCCAAAUCCAGAUGUUGUACCUACUUCUGAGUCUGUGCAUGGGGUGGACACUUGUCAGGAUGAAGAAGUCACAGAGCAGACCCCUGCAGUGGGACUCCACUCCCGCAUCCACUGGCAUCGCUGUGUUCAUUGUCAUAACGCAGAGUAUUUUGCUGCUUUGGGAACAAUUUGAAGACACCAGUCCUCACAGUUACCAUUCACACCGCAACCUGGCAGGGAUCCUCCUAAUUGUGUUAAGGAUUUGCCUGGCAUUGUCAUUAGGCUGUGGGCUGUACCAGAUUGUCACAGUGGAGAGAAGUACACUAAAAAGGGAAUUCUACACCACAUUUGCCAAAGGCUGCAUCUUGUGGUUUUUAUGCCACCCAGUUCUCGCUUUCCUUUCUGUCAUCUUCAGUGAUUACCAAAGAGACAAGGUGAUUACCAUAGGUGUUAUCCUUUGCCAGUCUGCCUCCAUGGUUAUUCUGUAUAGACUCUUUCUGUCCCACAGUCUAUACUGGGAAGUCUCUUCGCUUUCCUCAGUGACGCUGCCGCUGACCAUAUCCUCUGGACAUAAGAGUCGACCUCACUUUUGAUGCUUGAUUUUGUUGACAGGAGAUGUGAAUUGAUUUUACAGUGCAAUAAGGAUCCAAAUACAGUGACUUUUUUUUUUUUUCAUACUUCUGGUAUGAAGAACUGAACUGAAAAAAGCAAAACAUGUUAUUUAUAUUACUGCAUUUAAGCAGUACCAAAACUGGGGGAAAAAAAAAAGAAAAAUGAUAAGUGAAAUUUUUGCGCGAAAUAUACUUAAUAAACUUUCAGAAAAGG